AGGUGGGUCUGGGGGGGCGGGGCUGUGACGGUGACACAUGAACUGCUCCUCGGUGACGUUGCUGCUCAAACCCACAUCCACACUCACGCAUCCUGCACCGGAACCUGCAGCUUCACCCGCGGACCGGACCCAGACGCCAUCCAGGAGGAAGCCUCACCUUCAGGGACACCCCGCUCACCUCCUCUCUGGUUAUGUGUCAUCUGGUGCAGUUUUACAGUGGAUUUUCAUCAUCACCUCAGUCCAAAGCAGGAAUACGAGUCACUUCAAAAGAAUCCAGUGACAUCACGACAAAAGAAGAACCAUAUGACUCCAUACAAUCAUGAAGGGAAUGAUUCUUCAGCUCAGCCGCAGCCUGAGCCGUGCUGCCCCUGUUCUCCGCCACAGCAUCUACUCCGGUACGCGUCCCGCCUCCACCGCCACCUCCAAGCUGAAGUCCGAACGCCAGCUCACCCCAGAAGAAAUCUACGCCCGCGAGGACAAGCAUGGAGCGCAUAACUACCAUCCCCUGCCUGUGGCCUUAGAGCGAGGGGAGGGUGUCAACGUGUGGGACGUGGAGGGCAACCGCUUUUAUGACUUCCUCAGUGCUUACAGCGCUGUCAACCAGGGACACUGCCACCCAAAGAUAGUAGCUGCGCUCAACGCCCAGGCCUCCAGACUCACCCUGACCUCCAGAGCUUUCUACAAUGACGUGCUCGGAGCCUACGAGGAGUACAUCACGAACAUGUUUGGCUACGACAAAGUUUUACCCAUGAAUACGGGUGUUGAAGGUGGCGAGACGGCCUGUAAGCUCGCCCGCAAAUGGGCAUACAAUGUAAAGGGCGUUCCCAAGAACAAGGCCAAAAUCAUUUUUGCAGAUGGGAAUUUCUGGGGCCGCACCAUGGCGGCCAUCUCCAGCUCCACGGACCCCAGCAGCUACGAAGGGUUCGGCCCCUUCAUGCCAGGGUUUGAGCUCGUCCCAUUCAAUGACAUUCCUGCACUGGAGAAAGCCCUUCAAGACCCACAUGUGGCAGGUUUCAUGGUGGAGCCCAUCCAGGGCGAGGCCGGGGUGGUGGUGCCCGACCAGGGCUACCUGACCAAAGUCAGAGAACUUUGCACCAAAUACAACGUGUUGUGGAUCGCUGACGAGGUGCAGACAGGCCUGGCACGUACCGGCCGGCGGCUGGCCGUGGACCACGAGGAGGUCCGUCCAGAUGUGGUGAUCCUCGGCAAAGCUCUCUCUGGAGGAGUUUACCCUGUAUCUGCUGUGCUGUGUGAUGAUGAGGUGAUGCUGACCAUCAAACCUGGAGAACACGGCUCCACAUACGGAGGCAACCCCGUGGCCUGUCAGGUUGCUAUCGCAGCGCUUGAGGUGAUGGAGGAGGAGAAGCUGGCGGAGAACGCUCAGAAAAUGGGAGAGCUGCUGCGGAGCGAGUUAAGAAAACUGCCUAAAGACAUAGUGACAACAGUCAGAGGAAGAGGUCUCCUCAACGCAAUCGUCAUCAGAGAGACCAAAGACUACGAUGCCUGGAAGGUGUGCUUACGUCUCCGUGACAACGGACUGCUGGCAAAGCCAACCCAUGGCGACAUCAUCCGCUUUGCUCCUCCCCUUGUUAUUAAGGAGCAUGAGCUAUAUGAAUGUGUGGACAUCAUCCAGAGAACCAUCAUGUCCUUCUAAAGUUCUGUGUAGUAACACAGAAAAACCUCCUUCAAAUCUAUGAUCCACAUUAGCUGAAGCUGUGACUUGUGGAAAAGUCAAAGAUUUACUAGUUGUUUCUUAUUUUUCAGUGUUUCCUUCAAAGAUGAAGGCUCUUUGAAGGGCAUUUCUGUAGAUAUACAGUAUAAAGACACUGUAAUGUGUUUGGAGUGAGCUUCUGUGAGGACACAAUGACACUUUAGAAAAAGGUCUGUAAAGUAAAGGUUCCUUUAGAGCGCCUGGAGAAAGACUGCAACACAUCUGUGUUUUUUCUUAAAGGUUCUUAAUUUGUUUGUAUACUUAUUUCAUCUAGAUCAGCUCUGAAAUGGUUCAUUUAGAUAUUCACUGGUAAUGACUGAAGUAAAUAAUAAAUGAAACCUUUUUUUAAUUAAAAAGGAUAAGUGGUUUUACCAGUGAAAUUAAAUAGUUCAUUAUUUCAACUUUAUCAUCAGAGGCAAAACAUUAAAUCCAGCUUUUCUGUAGAACUUCAAUGCACAGAAGGAAAUCAAACCGUUACUCAUGAAAUCACUGUCUACAGUAUACUGGGUUGUAUAGACAAUAGCUUACAGUUGUAUUAGCUUAAGUCUACUCAGCUACUGCUACCUGCUAGCACUCACCUUGUUACCUAAACGUCUGGGUUAUUUACAAUCCCAAGAGCAGAGAUUCUCGCAGAGAUUUUAAAAAGCUGAUUUUAUAAAAAAAUUCUGAAAAUGUCUUGAAAACUCAAGUUCAAGUAGUUUCCAUGUCUGAAACAAACAUGACGGCAUUUUAAUUUAAAAUAGUUUAUUUUAAUUUAACAUAAGUUAUGACUGUGAAACUUUCUGGGAGCUGUAACUCUUGAAGAACUUUUUUUGCUCCUUAAUUUUGUAUAAUUUGUGGCGUUUAUUUCUGCGAGGGAAUAUGUUGUGUGAGGUUACUGGAUGUGAGGGAUGACCUAAACUUCUUGCUGAGUGUUUAAUAGUCAGCUUUCUGGUGAAAAUGUCAACUGUCACAAAACAAUGACCUACAGAGAAUAACAUUUCACCUUGUUACAAAACACGUCCCUUAAAUAAAUGACUGCUGUCUUGUCUUGA